AUGCCUCUAAUUGAACUAAACAAAUCGACAUCUUCACUCCGGCCGUUUGAAUACGAGUGUUGGGCCGAGAAAGUCGGUGGGUCGAUUAAGACUUGGAAGAAGCGUCUCUUCAUUUUGAAAGACAAUCGGCUGUGGUACUUUGAAGGGAAGAAUGAUCAAUGCGCGAAGGGGUAUAUAGACAUUAAUAUUGGGACGAAGGUGUAUGACAUCUCCGGGUCCAAAGUCGCGAAGAAGAAGAGUAAUGCCUUAGCGAUCGAGCCCAUCGAACAGAAAGACCAUCGUGUAUAUGUCGUAAUCUUCUAUACGCAAUCCGAUUACACCAACAUAUUCACUCGUCUCCAGAAAUUAAUAGAACCCCCCAAACAAGAAUCUCCACGAAGUGUUGUAUUACCCACUCGUAACUUACCGUUGUAUCAUCCACCAGUACAAUUACAACAACGAGACGGCUUCUCCCCGAUUUCCGUCUUCGGGAAUGUCGCGCAGUUUGCGGGCAACCCCCACGGCAUUUCAAAUUGUCAGGAACUAGUUCAAACGAUCGGGUGGAUAGUUAAGGAUGACGACGCGAUGAAUUAUUGGAAGUAUUGGCUUGAAUCGUUACCGAGUAAACACUCGAAUCCUCCUUUAUAUCCAGAUACUGAAGUCAAUUAUAUGCUUCAGAUCUCAUGUAAUAUCACGCACACCAAAUGGGAAGCUUACGGAUCACAGCGAGUGAUGAUCAAACCCAUUGCGAGUUAUUUGUAUAGUGUCGAAGCCCCCGACAAAGAGGUGGAAGCCAUCGAUAACUAUGGAUUGUUAACGAAACCAAAAGUUAUAGGUAAUUAUAUUAAUACAACUAGUUCAUUUGGGAUGGACGAGGGGUGGUUCUUCCCAGGCCUCUUUGAGUUAUACGUCCUCAAGAAGAUGCAAAGUGGGCCUGAUAUGGACAAACUUCUGCAAUGGUUAAAUAACAGUCAGAUCACACACGCAAUCCAAAUUGGAAAGGAAAUGGUCACCGACCCUUCAUUUCGACCAUCCUGUUUCCAAUUUGUGCUCGAAGGAAAUACCACGACACGCGUGAAUCGUGUGGUGUCUCUCUUUACAACCUUCGGACUCCAAGAAGUGCCGGUUGAGAUCUUAGACGUGUUAAGAAAUUUGGGACAGUUAUACACCUAUUUAGUAAUUAGCGUCUCAAUCACUCAAAUCGGUAUUCAAAGAGUCGGCAUUAUGAUCCCCGACCCAACAGCAGAGAUAGUUAGAAGCUUCUUAAAGUCAGACUCGACAUACAAACAGACAGCUCUUGUCCAUGAGGAAAUGCUGGAUAACCCAGAUAUAGCUGUCAAAUUUGUCGAAUAUUCAUAUUUGAGAGAGGGAUUUGGAAGAGGAAAGUUCACGGAGGGAAGUGAGGUGAUGGUCCACUAUUUCCUCGGGAGUGAACUUCCUUGA